AUGGCUGCCAUCGCCCACUCCGCGUCGCUCCUCUGCGAGGCCUCCCUCGCCGCCGCGCGCUCGGCCAGCUCGCUGCCGUCGCACUCGGGCCUCAAGGCCGAGCCCCGCGUGGCCGUCCGCAGCCUGCGCGCGCAGCGCGCCAAGACCGCCAAGCCCAUGACGGUGCGCGCGAGCGCGGGAGCCACCGUGGAGGGAUUCGAAGUGAAGGCGGUGCCGACGUCGCCGAUCGAGGGGCAGAAGACGGGGACGAGCGGGCUGCGCAAGAAGGUGAAGGUGUUUCAGGAGCCGCACUACCUGGCCAACUGGAUCCAGGCGCUCUUCGACUCGCUGCCCGCCGAGGACGUCAAGGGCUCGCUGCUCGUGCUGGGCGGCGAUGGCCGUUACUUCAACCGCGAGGCCGCGCAGGAGAUCAUCAAGAUCGCCGCCGGUAAUGGCGUCGGGAAGAUUCUCGUGGGCAAGGAUGGCGUCAUGUCCACGCCCGCCGUGUCGGCUGUCAUCCGCAAGCAGAAGGCGUACGGCGGGUUCAUCAUGAGCGCGAGCCACAACCCCGGAGGCCCCAAGUACGACUGGGGCAUUAAGUUCAACUACAGCAGCGGCCAGCCCGCGCCCGAGUCCAUCACCGACAAGAUCUACGGCAACACGCUCUCCAUCAAGGAGAUCAAGCAGGCGGAGAUCCCUGACGUGGACUUGGCCAAGACCGGCACGACCAAGUUCGGCUCGUUCGAGGUGGAGGUCGUCGACCCCGUCGCCGACUACCUCGAGCUCUUCAAGCAAGUGUUCGACUUCGACAUGAUCCGCGCGCUCGUGACGCGCCCCGACUUCUCACUCAAGUUCGACGCCAUGCACGCCGUGACCGGCGCGUACGCCAAGCCCAUCCUCGUCGACGCGCUCGGCGCGCCCGAGUCGGCAAUCAUCAACGGCACGCCGCUCGAGGACUUCGGCGGCGGCCACCCCGACCCGAACCUGACCUACGCGGAGGAGCUCGUGAAGAUCAUGUACGCCCCCGAUGCGCCCGAUUUCGGCGCCGCAUCGGACGGCGACGGCGACCGCAACAUGAUCCUCGGGAACAACUUCUUCAUCACGCCGUCCGAUUCCGUCGCGAUCAUCGCCGCCAACGCGCAGGCCGCCAUUCCGUACUUCGCCGCCGGCCCCAAGGGCCUCGCGCGCUCCAUGCCCACCUCCGCCGCGCUCGACGGCGUCGCGACGGGCCUCAACCUGCCGUUCUUCGAGGUCCCCACCGGGUGGAAGUUCUUCGGGAAUCUCAUGGACGCGGGCACGCUGAGCAUCUGCGGAGAGGAGAGCUUCGGAACCGGAUCGGAUCACAUUCGGGAGAAGGACGGGCUGUGGGCGGUGCUCGCGUGGCUGUCCAUCCUCGCGUAUCGCAACAAGGACGUGCCUGUUGGCGGGAAGCUGGUGUCGGUGGGUGACGUGGCGCGCGAGCACUGGGCGCAGUACGGGCGGAACUUCUUCUCGCGGUACGACUACGAGGAGUGCGCGUCGGAGGGCGCGAACGCCAUGGUGGCGCACCUGCGCGCGAUCCUCGCCGCCGCCAAGCCCGGAGAUAAAUACGGCGCAUACGAGCUGGCGCUAGCGGACGACUUUGAGUACACGGACCCCGUGGAUGGCAGCGUGGCCAGCCAGCAGGGCAUCCGCUUUGUCUUCACCGAUGGCUCCAGGAUCAUCUUCCGCCUCUCCGGCACGGGCAGUGCAGGAGCCACCAUCCGAGUGUACGUGGAGCAGUAUGAGCCGGACGUUGCUCGUCACGGCCUUGACGCACAGGAGGCCCUCAAGCCCCUCAUCGACAUCGCUCUGUCAGUGUCGAAGCUCCAAGAGUUCACCGGCCGUGACAAGCCCACCGUCAUCACCUAG